AUGGUGAUCACGGACGGGAGCGCGGGCGCUACCGCCAACCUGGCAACCACCGCUGCACACCGCUGCUCACCGCUGUGCCUCACUCGCAUGUGUGCGGUGUCGCGGCGGUGUGCGGCGGUGCGGGCACAGUGCGGGUACAAACACAAGCACGUGCGGCGCGGGCCGCGGUCGGAACCGCGUGACGUCACUCACCACAUCGUCGAUCGGACCGCGGGCGCGCGCGAGCGGGACGGCGACACCGCGCGCCGGAGCGGCAACAGCGGCCGCGCGCACCGCCUUGUUUUCGCAUCUAACGUUGUUGAUACGGCGAGUUUAUCUCAAGGCGAGCAGGGGUCGUGGGAGAGCGGCCUGUCCUACGAGUGUCGUUCGCUGUUGUUCAAAGCGCUCCAUAACCUCAUUGAAAGAUGUCUCCUGUCGCGGGACUUCGUGAGGCUCGGCAAGUGGUUUGUGCAACCGUACGACGGCGACGAGGAGGAUGUCGGCAAGAGUCCAUGGCACCUGUCGUUCUCGUUCGCGUUCUUCCUCCACGGCGAGAGCACGGUGUGCGCGUCUGUGGACGUGCGCCAGCAUCCGCCCGUGCGCACGCUCACCGCCAAGCGGCUCGCCAAGAUCAACUCGCCGGACCACAACGGAGAUGCUAAGGUGAUCCUGGCGCCGUUCGGGCUGGAGGGGCGGCUGACGGGGCGCGAGUGGGGCGAGGCGGACGCCGCCACCGCGCGCCUGCUCGACGCCUGGCGACAUCUCUACCCGCUCGAGCAGGGCUGCGGCGCCGUCGAGGUGGUGUGCGGCGGGUCGCGCAUGCGCUACCCGAGCCCGUACGCGCUGGUGACGGACAUGGAGCCGGGCGCGCGCGCGCCGCCGCCGCGCAUGGCGCCGCGCGCGCUCACCGCGCUCACCACGCCCGCGCCGCACCAGAGUGCGGAACUGUGCUUCAGCGACCCAGCCGCCGAUAAGAACGAUGACUUCGUCGACCCCACCCGCAAAACACCCUGUACCUGUACCAAGUGGCGGCGGCGCCGCGCCCCCCGCGCGCCCCCCUUCCACCGCCGCGCCGCUCCCGCGCGCCUGCGCCACCACGCGCCGCCCCCGCCGCCCGCGCCCACCCGAGGGUCGCUGGUGGCGGGCGCGCUGGCGGGCGGCGGCGGCGCGGGGUCGCCGGGCUCGUGCGCCGGCUCGCCCGCGCCCGGGGCCUCCGCGCCGCCCUCCGCCGGGCCGCCGCCGCCCUCGCCCGGACACCACGCCGCGCAGGGACAGCACCAGACCACGGGCGCGGUGCCGACGACGCUGCACACGCCGGCGCCCACGCCUGACCCGCAUGCACCGCCAACUCCGGCGCCGCCAUCCUUGCCGCCGCCCAAGCUGUACAACCAGGGCGAGUCCCCGGGCUGGUCGGGCUGGUCGGGGUGGGGCGGCGAGCCCCCCGAGGCGGCGCGCCGGCCCGUGCUGCCGCGCGCGCCGCGCCGCCCCGACCCGCUCGAGGACGAGACCGCGCUGCGCAUGCUCUACGACUACACCACCGUCUACGCAUGGUUGGAACACCCUGUGAAACGUUUCAAAAGCGAGGAGAACUGCUUUCGCGAGGAGCUGGCGCUAGGCGUGGCUGCCGGCGAGGAUCUGUACGCGGGCCACGACCACACCAGCAUGGCGGUCAUGCUCGACCACGCCAAGGUCGAGAUCAAGCAGGAGCGGCAAGACCAUACGGAGGACACAAAAGAGUACAAGAAUCUGUUCACAUCGGACGGGCUGUGCGCGACGUUCAAGGACCUCGACCAGAUAUUCGACAACUCGGACGACGCGGCCAGCGGUGAUGAGACGAUGCAGGUGGCGUGCGGCGAGGAGUCUCGCUGGGCGGGCCGGUGCGUCCGCGCGGAGGAGCUCAGCAAGAUGUUCCCCACGCCGCCCAGCAUGGAGGCGCACGCGCAGCCCUCGCCCGGCUUCAGCCUGCCCGACGACGUGCCGCCGCCGCGACACCUGCCGCCCGCCGGCUCCCCACCACCGGACGCCGCCAUCGAGGACUGGUCGUUCGUAUUCAAACCACCGACUGUGUACAAGUACGUGGGCUCGUCGAAGUACGCGCCGCUGACGACGUUGCCGAGUCAGCUGCUGCCGCCGGUGACGCUGCCGCCGCAGGCCGUGUAUCGGCCGCGCUGCCACCGCGAGCAGGGCAAGCGCGACGCAGACACCGACACCGACUCGCAUCGGAACGGUGUGAAACGGUCCGCGUCUCCCGCGAGCGAGUCCCGGGAGGGUCGGUCGCGGCGCGGGUGCGAGGGCGCGAGCGCGGGCGCGGCGGCGCGGGGCUCGCCGGCGCCGCGCCGGGCCGCGUCGCCCGCGCCGACGCCGGGCCCAGGCGCCGUGGCCGUGCCCGCCCCCUCCGCCGCACCCGCCGCGCCCCGCCCCGCGCACUCCGCCUGCCCGCUUCUGCUCAACGUGCUGCUGGCCGACACCGUGCUCAACGUCUUCCGCGACCACAACUUCGACAGCUGCACGCUCUGCGAGUAUAUUUAG